AUGGAGCGGAAGCGUGCGACGGCACCGUUUGCGACGGAGCCCGCGCGUCGGCCAUCGAAAGAUGCCGUCGACUCGGACGACGAGGCAAACGAGGGGCACAGCAGCGGCUCCCUCUUCCCGCCCCUUGAUCUCUACGAAGAGGGCGAGGCAGAGCGUGGCCAGGAAAACAUCCAGGCCCAGAGUCAGCUUGUGCAGGAGGAGGCAGAAAGCCAGCGACAACUGCGCGAAAAGCAGCAACAACAACAGCAGCAGCAACAGCAGCAGCAGCAGUCACGGCAAGAGGAUGGGGAACUGCAAUCGCCAGACAACCUGUGGAACUUGAUGAGUGAAAGGGAGCGCAGGGGCGAAAGCGACGACGACGACCAGGAGAACGAUGAUAGCAACAAAAAUAACAGCAACAACAACAACAAGAUGGAGAGCACACAAGUCGCCCGCGCGAACAACAGCCCUCAAACGCCUCGAAAACGGCAACGCAAGGCGGUGGCACCGAAUGCCCGACCGACAGCGGCUACGAACCGCAGCCGUCGGGGAAGGGUUGCGAUGAGCGUGGCGAAUGUGCUGGAACAGGUGACGGCGGCUAUUGAUAGGGCACAAACGGAGAGGCGUUCGUUACCAAAAAAGCGACAGUUGGGCGAAGAGGAGGGGCUGGUGGAGGGGCCGGUGGAGGGGGCGGCCGCGCAGCAGCAAGACGCUUCCAAAAAGCAACGACGAGAGACGGAGCAACAGCCUCCGGUCGGGCAAUACGAGAAGGAGGGAGAUACAGAACAGCAUCUCCAGCAACAACAACAAAAACGUGCAGAGCGACGAGAGGACGAUGUACCUGAAGUGCGGGUGGACCAGGCGAGCGGAACGGCACAAGCGACCUCAGGACGUUCGUCCAGACGAUUGCAAGGCCUUCAACCAAGCGCGGAGCCAGAAGCGACGACAGCGACAGCGGGUGGCAAUGCCGAAUUCGAUGCAAGCGGUGGCCAGCCCGUGACGCAAAGGACAGCCGAAACAAUACAAGAAACACCACAAGAGACUGGCGACAGCGGCGAAGCACAAACUCAUUCCCUGGGUGAGCUCCCAGAUUAUGGCAACACCAACGCCGAUAACAACGAAAACGACGACGACAACGCUCACGACAACAACAACAACGAUAUUGACACGCAAGCUGUGCCACGAACAUCUGCGUCGCAAGACCCCACAGCGAUGCCUGUGACAGAGCUCAUCACGUCCCAGCUGCUGAGUGCACUCAUAGACCUGAUGGGCACGAGUGGGUGGACCGGCAAGGUGAUGUGGAAAAUGGGAUUGAGCUGGCAGCACACCGAUCCCGGCCGGUUCGGCCCCGAGCCAUUUACGGCAGAGGCUAAGAAGCUCCUGCGACAGCUCGCGGGCCUCAACGACGCGUAUGUGCACGUACCGCGGCCCAUGGCCCGGCCCUCCAUGACCACGGAGACGCUCGACAUGCGGGCCCAGAGGACGUACUUGCACGACCACCACGGCGAACAUGGCGAGCGUCUUAGCAUGAUCGACGCCAGCAUCCAUAGGAUCUGCCACAAUGCGCUCCAGCCACUGACGACCUAUGAGAGCGACGCGACCCCGGAAACGGUCCGCUUCCGCUGGCUGCUUGCGGAAGACCUUGUGGCGUUUGUCAUCCCCAAGGCGGUGGAGGUUCUCGAAACCGUCUACGCCCUCGGUGGCAGCUUGCCCGGCGGGGAGCUGGGCGAGGCCAGCCUGUAUGUGCCAGGCAAUUGGGUGCAGAUGAUCCAUGCAACGCUGUACUUGGCGCAGCGUGUCGUUGGCUGGAUCACACGCCUCGAGAAUGCGGUCGCCUGGGAGCUCGGGUACCGCGCCGACCGCCGUAUGACGGGGGUCCCCUUUUCGUACCAGUACCUCGAUGACGCUGACGAAGAGGCUGGUCAACGCCUGCAAAACUCGGCGCUGCCGCGACCCGAGUCGAUUGCUGCCGUGCGACGAAAUCGAUGCCUGCUCAGGCCGCUUCUCAAUGGGAUCGAGGACGAGCUCAACCAAGCAUGGCUGGCCCUCGAGCGCGCACAGACUGCACACGACGCUGGAGGGCGUCAAGCGACACAGGAAGGCCACGAGGGACAAGAGGUAGAGGUACGGGAGGACGCACACGGAGAAGCUGGUGGGGUGGGAAACCAAGACGAAAACGACAGCGACGGGGAACGGAGGCCCGUGGCGGUUGCUGCAAGCCCACCUGCUGCGCGGACACAACCGCCGGACAUCAGUGCAAUGGACGACGAAUCAUUUGCAUUGGAGCUCGCACAUGGUCGUGCCGCCGAGUCGUUGGAGAUUGUCUUGACACAGCCGCCGGCCGCGUCCCUCGACCAGGGCAUGCGGGAUGGCCAAGUCGUGCGCGAUGGUGAUGACGACGGUGAUGACGACGGUGUUGACGACGACGACAAUAGCGACGGCAAUGGCGACGGCAAUGGCGAGAACGACGACAGCCCAGUCAUGACAACGGCUAUCACGACUGCUGUCGUCGCCCAGCCAUCAAGCCCGCCGCCGGUCGCGAGUGUCGAGCAGGUCACCCAGGACAUGGUUGUGGUCGAGCGGAACGGGGAAGCGGAGGAUGAAGACGGCCUAGUGGUAAGCACUCUACAGGUGGCCGGCCCUGCCGAAGCCGAGGCUCCGGUCGAGGCUCUGGUCGAGGCUCCGGUCGACGUCCCGGUCGCGGUCCCGGUUGAAGUCCCGGUCGACGUCCCGGUCGAGGCUCCGGUCGAGGCUCCGGUCAAGGUCCCGGUCGAGGUCCCGGCUAAUGUCCCGGCUACGCCCCCGGCUGAUAUACCGACCCCUGCCCCAACGCCAACACCAACGCCGGCACGCGAAGGUGCCGCAACAGCCAGUCUCGGCUCUCGCCCCUACGCCGACGCCGAGCUCAGGCAGAUCCUGGCGCGUCUCCGCGCACUCAAGCGCACGGACCAGCUAGACCUUGCGCGGCUGGCGGCCGACCUGAACCGCGACAUGUUUGACGUGGCAAACCGCGCCGAGAGCAUCAAGAGCGUGGUCCGGGCCAAGCUGCUAAGAGACAAGAGGCCGGUGCCACACUGGGCGCAGGCAGGCUUUACGAUUCGAUAA